GGAAGGUUCUGGAGGGAGAAGUGUCCGCCGCCAUUUUAGCGUCGCUGCCGCGGCCGCGUCUUGAAAAGGAGGGCGAAGGACUCGGAACUCGACCCGGGACAAAACGCCUGCCGGGGUUUAACGGCCGAAGGGAGAGGGAGGUUGUGAUCAAAUUCUCUGCUUGCUGCAAAUCCUUCUCCACUAGCAGCUCCUGCAUUGCGGGGUGGUGGGGAGCCCACCUGCUUGGGCCAGCCAUGGAUCCGGCGUUCCCCAAUCCAUCCCAGGACCCAAGUCAAGAGGACGGCAUGGCCUCAGACGACUUCGACAUUGUGAUAGAGGCCAUGCUGGAGGCCCCGUACAAGAAAGAGGAGGCCCAGCCUGGACCAUCAAAGUCUCCGUCUGACCCCCCCACGGCGCAGCCCCCUCAGGAGGAACAAGGAAAAGAAGUAAAGAAAGACAGCGCCUCCAGCAGUAGCGGGGAAAGCAGCAGCAAAAAGAAGAAAAGCAGGAGCCGGAGCAAGAGCCGUGACCACAGACACAGUGGGGACCGAGACCGCCACCGCAGGCGCAGCCGUAGCCGGGACCGCCGACACCGGAGCAGAAGCCGCCACCGGAGCCGCAGCCGAGACCGCAGGCGGGGCAGCCGGUCCCGCAGCAGGGAGCGCCGGCGGGACGAGAGAGUGCGCUAUCGUAGCCCCCCACCUCCUGGGCGGCGGUUCGGGCACAGCAAGAGUCCCUUGUACAGAGAGAAGAGCCCCCUCCGGGAGCCCUUGGGCAGCUUGAGCCCAGAGGAGCGUGAUGCCCGCACCGUUUUCUGCAUGCAGCUGGCUGCCCGCAUCCGCCCCCGUGACCUUGAGGACUUUUUCUCUGCUGUUGGCAAGGUGCGUGACGUGCGGAUCAUCUCCGACCGGAACUCCCGCCGUUCGAAGGGCAUCGCUUAUGUGGAGUUCUGCGACAUCCAGUCUGUGCCACUGGCUAUUGGGUUAACAGGGCAGCGUCUCCUUGGUGUUCCCAUCAUUGUCCAGGCAUCCCAGGCGGAGAAGAACCGGCUGGCAGCCAUGGCCAACAACCUCCAGAAAGGCAGCGGUGGGCCCAUGCGGCUCUACGUUGGCUCCCUCCACUGCAACAUCACCAAAGAGAUGCUGCGCGGGAUCUUUGAGCCCUUUGGCAAGAUCGAUAGCAUUGUGCUGAUGCGUGACCAGGACACUGGACAGUCCAAGGGCUACGGCUUUAUCACAUUUGCAGAGGCCGAGUGUGCCCGGCGUGCCCUGGAGCAGCUGAACGGUUUUGAGCUGGCUGGCCGACCCAUGCGGGUGGGGCAAGUCACCGAGCGGCUGGACGGGACCACCGACAUCACCUUUCCCGAUGGGGCAGACGAGCCUGACCGAGGGGCCCUGAAUCUCAGCACCACCAGCUCCCAGUUGCAGCUGAUGGCCAAACUGGCAGAAGCGGGUUCUGGGAUCCCGCUGUCGACUACAGCUGCGGCCCAAGCUGCCCUGCAGCUGAACGGAGCGAUACCCCUGGGAGCACUCAACCCGGCGGCCCUGUCAGCUCUGAGUCCAGCCCUGAAUCUGGCUUCGCAGACGUUGGCCUCGCAGUGCUUCCAGCUUUCAGGCCUUUUCACUCCCCAGACGAUGUAACGCAACCCGGUUUCCCCUCGCCCUCCCUCCCUCUCCCACGGAGCUUGGAGGGAAAUGACCAUCUCCACCCCAUCACCACCUCACCACCCGCAUUGGAUACAAGGCAGGGGAAACGGACUCUGAAGGAAAACCUCCUGGAGGGGCCCUUUCUUAUGUGAACUUGAUUUUAUUCCAACUUCCCGCCCAC